CAGGCUCAGUGGACCCUUCCCUCCUGAGGCGGAGCGCGAGGCGGGCAGCUAUGGCGCUCAACAAGAACCACUCGGAGGGUGGCGGCGUCAUCAUCAACAACAGCGAGAGCAUUUUGAUGACCUAUGACCACAUAGAAAUUGCUUUCAGUGAUAUAGAAUCUAUGCUGGAUGCCUUCAAAGGGACCAAGAAAGGAAGUGUCUUCUUGACUCCAUAUCGAGUUAUCUUUGUGUCAAAGGGAAAGGACCCCAUGCAGUCCUUCAUGAUGCCCUUUUAUUUAAUGAAGGAUUGUGAGAUUAAGCAGCCUGUCUUUGGAGCAAAUUACAUUAAGGGUACAGUGAAAGCAGAAACAGGAGGUGGCUGGGAAGGAUCUGUGACGUUCAAAAUGACCUUUUCAGCGGGGGGUGCUAUUGAAUUUGGACAACGGAUGCUGCAGGUUGCAGCUCAAGCUUCCAGGGGUGAAGUUCCUAAUGGAGCAUAUGGUUAUUCCUAUAUGCCCAAUGGAGCCUAUGCCUUUGCACCACCUGCAGCCAAUGGGACUUUCCCUCCCCCUCUGGCAGGUUACCCCUAUCCACCACCACCUCCAGCAGAAUUUUAUCCUGGUCCUCCCAUGAUGGAUGGAGCCAUGGGUUAUAUGCAGCCUCCACCACCUCCGUAUCCUGGGCCCAUGGAACCUCCAGUCGGUGGUCCAGACCUUCCUUCCACUCCCGCAGCUGAAGCAAAGGCUGCAGAAGCUGCUGCCAGUGCUUAUUACAGUCCAGUCAACCCUCACAAUGUCUACAUGCCCACGGAUCAACCACCACCACCUCCCUAUUUCCCACCAGAAGACAAGAAAAACCAAUAAGCUGAAAAGGAACUUCUCCACAAUCCAUUGCUUCCUUGUUUCCCACUUUGGCUGAAUUUUGGGGUGGGUUGCACAGCUUUAAGGAAUAGAGCCUUCCUUUGAGACACAUAACUUCCAUUAACUUCAAUGGUAGAUAACGUGCAUAGUAAGGAAAGAAAUUUAAAAUGUUAUGGAUUACUUUUAGCCUUGAGGAUUUGUUCAUCCCUGGUGUAACAGUCCUGCCCUUCCUGUGCUCAGUGAUACUAGAAUUGGAGGUUUGGUUUUUGUCUGUGAUUAGUUUCGCUUGCAUCACUUUUUCUUUUGAUAUUUGAAAUUACUUUUAUUUGAACUAAGUGAUUGUUCCAAACUGACAUUUAAUAACAGAUCCAUCAUCCAGAAAGAAAACUAUUUGCCUUUCCUGGACAAAUCUGAACUUUAGAGUAUCUCACUUAGCUUUCAUCUGACCCAUUAUCACAUGGGGAGGUUCCAGAAAGAGGCUGGGAAAUGGAAGGAAAUUGACACUUGUUGAAUUUUUUCUUGAGUACUUAGGAAAUUUCUGUCGUCAUGGGCACCUGAAGCAUUCUGUAGCCCCACAAAGUUCACUUAAGUGUCCUGUCUUCUUGCAGACAAGCUUCUCCUUUUGCAGCAACAUACUGCCCUCUUAUUAGAUUGGUUUGUAGCAUAACAGGAUACCAGAGUGUUCCAUUGUCUUUUUUCCUUCUAGAUGGACACAUGGGUCUUAAAUCACUAAAUCCUGAACAUUCCUUUUUCUAAACAUUAAUACAUCUUAUUUAUUUUUUCCCCUUUCCAGUAAUAUAAGCUGCACUUUGUGGCCAGUGAACCGUCUUACGGCUGCGAUUAAAUUGUUUAGUUGAGAGGUACGGGUGGAUAAAUAGCUGCGGAAAAUCUACUCUAGCAGAACGUGAGACCUGAAAGUAUGUCUGAAAUUGCUGUCUGUUUGACUUGUUCAUUUUCUUGUGUAACGGUUAGCACCGUUUGUUAGUGGUCCCAGACCAAAUAUGUACUUUAUCAGUAACGCUAAUCUUGCUCAUUCACGUGGGCGUCUGGGAUCUGAGAGAGGUGCAAGCUUGCUUGUUCCAUUAUGUCAUCUUGUUGAUUUUUUGGUAACAGUCACUGUGGCACUUGUGACUUCUGCGGGACUGAUCGAUAAUCAGCUGCGUGAAAACUUGCAUUUUAAAGAGACUUUUGGAUAAAUCAGGUUUACAGUUAUUCAAGUGGGAAGGUACAGGGGGGGCAUAGUCCUUCCCGGUAAGUGUGCAGAAAGAUCAUGUGUUAGGGAAGCUUGCUGAAACUCAUUGCAUGCAAUCUGGGUGGAAAAAAAAGGCUCACCUCCUGUUUUUUUUAGUUUGAUCUCUAGUUGAUUGAUGAUAUUGCUGCUCUCUGCGCACUGACUUUUCUAGAAUUGUUUUUGGAAUUGCAGUGAUGUAAAGAAAUGGUUAUUUUGAAGAAAAAAAUAUUUAUUUUGAAAAUGUUCAAUUAAUAUAUUAAUGUGAAAUAACUUUUGAAUGCAGAUUUGUUUGCUGAGACUGUGAAGUAAAGAUAAAUCAGCUUGAACCUC